GGUCGGCUUAAGGAGCCGUGACGAGUCCGGAAGCGCCUGCGCGCGCCCCUCCGUACGAGAACUAGUUUUGUUCCGUGUCUUUCGAACUGGAGCUGUUUGUAGAGGACCUCCGGCAGGACCAACCCAAGACCCGCCAGCACUGCAACAAUGUCCAGCAACAGCUUCGCUUACAAUGAGCAGUCCGGGGGAGGGGAGGCGACGGAGCUGGGUCAGGAGGCGACCUCAACCAUUUCCCCCUCCGGCGCAUUCGGCCUCUUUAGCAGCGAUUUGAAGAAGAAUGAAGAUCUAAAGCAGAUGUUGGAGAGCAACAAAGAUUCUGCUAAACUGGAUGCUAUGAAACGGAUUGUUGGGAUGAUUGCAAAAGGGAAAAAUGCAUCUGAGCUGUUUCCUGCUGUUGUGAAGAAUGUGGCCAGUAAAAAUAUUGAGAUCAAGAAAUUAGUAUAUGUUUACCUGGUUCGAUAUGCUGAAGAACAGCAGGAUCUGGCACUCUUGUCCAUAAGUACUUUUCAGCGAGCUCUGAAGGACUCAAAUCAACUAAUUCGUGCAAGUGCUUUGAGAGUUCUGUCCAGUAUUAGAGUGCCAAUUAUUGUACCUAUUAUGAUGCUCGCUAUUAAGGAAGCUUCUGCGGAUUUAUCACCAUAUGUUAGGAAGAAUGCAGCCCAUGCAAUACAAAAAUUAUACAGCCUUGAUCCAGAGCAGAAGGAAAUGUUAAUUGAAGUAAUUGAAAAACUUCUCAAGGAUAAAAGCACACUGGUAGCUGGCAGUGUUGUGAUGGCUUUUGAAGAAGUCUGCCCAGAUAGAAUAGAUCUGAUUCACAAGAAUUACCGCAAGCUCUGCAAUUUACUAGUUGACGUAGAAGAGUGGGGCCAGGUUGUCAUCAUCCACAUGCUCACGCGGUACGCCCGGACACAGUUUGUCAGUCCUUGGAAAGAGGAUGGUGGUCUAGAGGACAACGAAAAGAAUUUCUAUGAAUCUGAUGGCGAACAGAAGGAAAAGACUGAGCAAAGGAAGAAAGUUUAUACUAUGGAUCCAGAUCAUAGACUUUUAAUUCGGAAUACAAAGCCUUUGCUUCAGAGCAGGAAUGCAGCGGUGGUUAUGGCAGUUGCUCAGCUGUACUGGCACAUAUCACCCAAAUCUGAAGCUGGCAUUAUUUCUAAAUCACUAGUGCGUCUACUUCGGAGCAAUAGGGAGGUGCAGUAUAUUGUCCUACAGAAUAUAGCAACUAUGUCAAUUCACAGAAAGGGUAUGUUUGAACCCUAUCUGAAGAGUUUCUAUGUUAGGUCAACUGACCCAACUAUGAUCAAGACACUGAAGCUUGAAAUUUUGACAAACCUGGCAAAUGAAGCCAACAUAUCAACUCUUCUUCGAGAAUUUCAGACCUAUGUGAAAAGCCAGGAUAAACAAUUUGCAGCAGCCACUAUUCAAACUAUAGGCCGAUGUGCAACCAACAUCUCAGAAGUCGCUGACACAUGUCUCAAUGGCCUGGUGUGUCUGCUGUCCAACAGGGAUGAAAUAGUUGUUGCUGAAAGUGUGGUUGUUAUUAAGAAAUUACUGCAAAUGCAACCUGCACAUCAUGGUGAAAUUAUCAAACAUAUGGCCAAACUCUUGGACAGCAUCACCGUUCCUGUGGCUAGAGCAAGUAUUCUUUGGCUAAUUGGAGAAAACUGUGAACGAGUACCUAAAAUUGCCCCUGAUGUUUUGAGGAAGAUGGCUAAAAGCUUUACGAAUGAAGAUGAUCUGGUAAAACUGCAGAUUUUAAAUCUGGGAGCAAAAUUGUAUUUAACCAACUCCAAACAGACAAAAUUGCUUACCCAGUACAUAUUAAAUCUCGGCAAGUAUGAUCAAAACUACGACAUCAGAGACCGUACAAGAUUUAUUAGGCAGCUUAUUGUUCCGAAUGAGAAGAGUGGAGCUUUAAGUAAAUAUGCCAAAAAAAUAUUCCUAGCACAAAAACCUGCACCACUGCUUGAGUCUCCUUUUAAAGAUAGGGAUCAUUUCCAGCUUGGCACUUUAUCUCAUACUCUCAACACUAAAGCUACUGGGUACAUGGAAUUAUCUAAUUGGCCAGAGGUGGCGCCUGACCCAUCAGUUCGAAAUGUAGAAGUAACAGAGUUGGCAAAAGAAUGGACUCCAGCAGGAAAAACUAAGAAAGAGAACCCUGCUAAGAAAUUUUAUUCUGAAUCUGAAGAGGAAGAGGACUCUUCUGAUAGCAGCAGUGACAGUGAGAGUGAAUCUGGAAGUGAAAGCGGAGAACAAGACGAGGAAGGAGACAGUAGUGAGGACUCCAGUGAGAGUGAGAGUGAGAGUGGAAGUGAGUCAGAAGUAGAAAACAAAAGAACAGCCAAGAGGAACUCCAAAGCCAAAGGAAAAGGUGAUUCUGAAGAUGGGGAGAAGGAAAAUGAAAAAUCUGAAAGUUCAGAUUCUUCCAAUGCGGAAUCUAGUUCAAUAGAAGAAAGUUCAUCAGAUUCUGAAUCAGAAUCAGAAAGUGAAUCUGAAUCCAGAAAAGUCACUAAGGAAAAAGGAAAAAAAACAAAGCAAGAUAGAAAUCCUGCUACCAAAGAUGUUUCCCUUCUAGAUCUAGAUGAUUUUAAUCCUGUAAUCACUCCAGUUGCACGUCCCACACCAGCUCUUUCUCCAAGCUUAAUAGCUGAUCUUGAAGGUUUAAACUUGUCAUCUUCUUCAUCAGUUAUCAACGUCAGUACUCCUGUCUUUGUACCAAUGAAAACUCAUGUGCUGCUUCAUCGAAUGAGUGGAAAAGGACUAGCUGCCCAUUAUUUCUUUCCAAGACAGCCUUGCAUUUUUGGUGAUAAGAUGGUCUCUGUACAGAUAACAUUGAAUAAUACUACUGAUCGAAAGAUGGAAAAUAUCCACAUGAAGGAAACAAAACUUCCUGUAGGCAUGCAAAUGCAUGUUUUUAAUCCAAUAGCAAAUUUAUCAUACAAGAUAAAACCAUUUCUUUGCCCUCAGCAAAUCAGGUACCAGCAAGGUACCAAGGAUGAUUGCUUCAAUGUUAAUAUUCAGCCACCUGUUGGAGAACUGCUUUUACCUGUGGCAAUGUCAGAGAAAGAUUUUAAGAAAGAGCAAGGAAUGCUUACAGGAAUGAAUGAGAUGUCUGCUGUAAUCGUCGUUGCUCCACAGAAUUUCACUUCCUCUGUGAUCCUUCAGAAGGUUGCAAAUGUAGCUAAUGUAGGUGUAGUUCCUUCUGGCCAAGAUAAUAUGCACAGAUUUGCAGCUAAAACUGUGCACAGUGGGUCAUUGAUGCUAGUCACAGUGGAACUGAAGGAAGGCUCUACAGCACAGCUUAUCAUAAACACUGAGAAAACUGUGAUUGGUUCUGUUCUGCUGCGGGAGCUGAAGCCUGUCCUGUCCCAGGGGUAACCUGCUUACAUCUGGACUUCAGAACCUGGCACACAACAAAAGUGCCUGGCAUCCACUGCUGCUGCCUUUCAUUUAUAAUAAUAGCCCUUCCAUCUGGCAGUGGGGGAAGAAUACACUCUUGACAUUCUUGUCUCCUGCUUUAGAAUGCUAGUGUGUAUCUAUCACGUAUGCAAUACUUUCCCCCUUUUCACUUUGCUAACCAAAGAACAUAUAUUUUACUGUCAGUUAUCUCAACACAUGAAUCUGUGCAGCAUUUUCUCUAUCCUGCCACUUCUUCUCUCCUCGUCUUCCUUUCCUUUUUCAACAAUGAUGGACGUAAAUUCGAUAUUUCAAGUUCAUUGGAAAUCCUCUUCCUCCCACAGCAAGCAAAAAUUAGCCUAGAAAUAGCCUAAAUGACCUCUCAGCUUGGAAUGUAAAAAUGGGAUCGCAUACUUUUUAGCAUUAAAUUGCCAAAACAACACGGUCUCUGCAAAAUUUUGUUCUGUGAAUUUCCUGGUAUUGUAAUUGGCUGUUGACAAUAGUCAUCAUGAAAUUACCUCUGAAUAAUAAGAUGAAUAAACUAGCACAUGAAAAACA